AUGUUGCUUGUAUUUUAUCUAUUAUUGCUUGUCAAUGCUCAUGUGCGAGUUGAUCUAACGGCCCAUCCCCAUUCAAAUGAGAAGCUCACUCGAAGAGAUGAUGUGAAGGGAGAAUUGUCCAACCGAGAUGUUGCUUACACGGCAGAAUUCAAAAUUGGCUCCGAGGAAGAUACAGUCCGUGUCAGUGCCUCGACCAGCCUGAACCUUAUUUGGUUCCCCAUUGAUGAUUGUAACUCCUACAACUAUAAGCGGGACACCUUGAGCGACCUAGUUCAAUGUGAUUCUGCGGGAGUAUACCUGCCUUCUCAGCUGUCUUCAUUCAAAAACACUAGUGACGUUUUCCAAUGGUCGUAUGACUAUUAUGAUUACGGUGCAGUGGGAUACUUCGGUACUGAUAAAGUCCAGUAUGGAGAUUUUUCAGGAGAAAUCACCUUCGGUAUUGCCGAUCGGGCCGAUUAUAUUGGUGAACUUGGCUUGGGUUUCCCAUAUAACCAAAGUGUAUCUUCCGAUUCGACGCUGAAGGAGCCUAGUUUCUUGGAACAGCUAGUGAAGAAAGGAGAUAUUAAGAAAGAUGCGUAUUCUUUUCAAUUGGGAAUCAACAAUGCUUCUGAGGGUACCCUUCUACUUGGUGCUGUCGAUCAUAGUAAAUAUAAGGGGAAACUCCAAAAGGUGAAAAUGGUUGAUCUUUACACUGAUGGCUCAGACUCUAUUCUGAUUCUACUUGAUGGAUAUCUGGGCGACGGUUUCAGCUCUGAAAUGAACAUUCCUGUUCUCGUCACCAUGGACUAUAGGAGCCUGAUAUUUCCUUUUGGUUCCCUAGACAAGAUAUAUGACCACUUGGACGCUGUAUAUAAUCAGGUUUCUUACCAUGUUGUUCCCUGCAGCUUAUUGAACCUGACAGAGCUGAUUUCAUUUUACUUCAGUGGUAUAGAAAUUCAGGUACCGGUUAGAGAUCUUAUUGUGCAAUCUCCAGAUUUUGGUUGCUUGAUAUCCAUUAGCGAGUUGGAUGGUCCGUAUCAUCUCGGUCAAGACAUACUCAAAAGUGCAUAUGUCGUUGUUGACUUAGACAACAAAGAAGUUGCAUUGGCUCAGGCGACGAUUUCUUCAAACGAUGACAUCGAAGAUAUAGUUUCUGAGAUCCCUCUGGCUCUGGCAGCUCCACUCUACUCGUAUACCGAAGUUGCCGAGAAGUAUUACUACUCCUCGUACUAUGGUGCAUGGUAUAAUUCCCUGUAUGACGUUCCAUCUCGGUCUUCUUACUCUACCAAUACUGGAAGUAGGUCUGUUGACUUGGGAAGCACUACAUAUGACCUUAUUUAUCCUGAUGCUACCACCUGGUAUAAUUACUUCGCAACAUACGCUUCGGGAGAUGAUUACUCUGAUAGUUCGGAGACUGGUGCUGCAUCAAGAAGGUCAUCAUCAACAAGCUCAUUAUCUGCUUCAGGUUCAACAACUACUGCCCUGGGACGUCCCCAAGGCUCUGGUGCUACCACAGGUAGUGGUACCGGCUCUUCAGCAGCAAGCACUACCAAUUCCGGAGGGACUACUGGAACUUCAUCGCCACUGGGCAAUGGUUCCGCCAUCAAAUGUCUGCCACUUAUGGUUCUCAUUUUCUCCAUUCUUAUGAUGUUUUGA